AUGGCAAAGAUGGACCCUGAACAGUUCGACGACGUGGAUAUCAACUUGGAUUCCUUCUCAUCAAGACAACAUCAGACACUGGCUCGUCAUUCUAGCUUGAACUAUUUGUACAGAAAGAAUAAAUCUGUUCAAUAUAUUGGAUCUCAUGAUUCUAUAAAUAGAUCCACUACAAAUUUAAUCAAUAACAAUUCUCAUGAUAAUCUAGGGAAAAUGAACAAAUAUACACAGCAGAAUAAGCCAUUGCCUCCAUCACCAGUGAAAGAACUAGAGAAAAAUAACCAAGUUUCAAUGGUUCCAACUAAACCAAAUUAUUCACCUUCUAAAAAAUUACAUAAAAAACGUGAAAUCCCAAAAGAUGAUUGGAAACAACUUCAUGAUUUUGAUAAUGAUUCAGAAGGUGAUUUGGAUGAUACUAUAUUGAUCUAUGAUGUCCCAUUAUCUCAAUCUCUUGUUCAAUUAACUUCUCAUCAAAAACCUAUUCAACCUCCUUCAAGAUUACAUUCAUUAGCUUCUGAUACUACUUAUACAUCAUCAAUAAUGAGUUCUCAAUAUUCAAUAGAUUCUGAAUCUGAUAUGGAGACUUUAAACACAGAUGCAAAGCAAAUCGCAUGGGAAAUGUCACGUUCUAAAUCUGUAUUAGCUAUCCAAGAAUCCUCAAUGAGACGUCAUAUAAUUUCAAAUUUUGAUAGACCAAAAAGUACAGACUCCCAAAAUUUACCACAUAGUGAUCUAAAGGGGAAAUUUAUUAAUGGUACAAGACAAGAUAAUUUACCUCCUAAGCAAAAAGAAGAAUCUCAGGCUCAUUUACAAGCUUUCCAAAAAAUUAAAUCUAGAGCUAUUAAAAAAGAACUAGAAUUAGAGAAAACCAAGUUAAAACAAUUAGAAUUAAGAAAAUCUCAACAACAACAAGAUUUGAAUAAAUGGGAAAGAACAGUUAUACCCAAUUUUGUUCAACAAGUUCAAUUAGCCGAGACAAGAGAACUUUGGUGGAGAGGAAUCCCAUCAAAAUUAAGAGAAUUUAUAUGGACUGAACAAAUUGGUAUCAAAAUUCCUCUCCAAGAAAUUUCUAAACUUCAUAUUCAAGCAUUAAAAUUAAUAGAUUCAAAUACCGAAUUGGUUCAAUUAAUUAGAAAAGAUAUAAGGUCAAUUUUCCCAGAUGUUCCAGCAUUACAAACUACAUUAUAUCAUAAAUUAUUAACUUUAUUAGUUAUGUAUUCAAAUUAUAAAUCUUAUCAAUCUGGAUUAUCAACCUUAGCAGGUGUUAUACUAUAUAAUGUUCAUGAUUUAAACUCUUCAUUCUUAUGCCUUGUUGGUAUAUUACAAAAAAAUCUAAUGAAGUUAUUAUAUAAUAAUCAAAUUGAUGAUUUUAAUAUUGAAUCAAAUUCAUUUUUAAGAACAUUUGAAAAGAAAAAUCCUCAAUUAUAUCAUCAUUUCCAAUUAUCAUUAAAAUUAACACCUUGGGAAUAUUUAGAACCUUUAAUAAAACCAAUUUUUUCAAAUCAUUUACCAAUUGAAAUUGUUUCAUCAAUUUUGGAUAUUUAUAUAUUUGAAGGUGAUUCAAUUCUUUGGAGAUGUGUCCUUGGGUUAUUCAAUAAGAUUGGAUAUAAAUUAUAUGGUAAUAAAGAUGAAGUUUUAGAAGUUAUUGGUUGGGAUGCUUUACAAAAAUUAAAUAAGGGGAAAAAUAAUCAAUGGUUUAGAUAUUUAGAUGUUGGUGAUGAUUAUGAAUUUAUAAAUAUAGUUCGUGAAGUUUUGAAAAGGAAAUAG